CCUUCUUCCUCCCUGCGCCCUCCCUGUUUCCCCUGGGCGAGCACAAGUGCAGGCCGACGACCUCCCUUCCCCUGCUGUUCCUGCGUCCUAUUUAUUUUCCAUGGACAACAAUAGGAGCCAUGCCGCCCCGGCCCCUCUCCUCCCCUCUUCCCCAUAAAACAGCAGCCGCAGCGAGCCGCCGUCGUCCACGGCGAGCAGCAGCUCGCCCACCUCUUCCUCCCAUGACGCCCUGCAAUCUUCCCCCUUCCUCCCUUUUGCUCCUCUCCAUGUUUCAGCGCCUAGAACAAUCCUUGCUGCGCCUGAGAUCUGGACAGCCAUGGAGGACAACCAAACUCCUCUCCCAUGGCAGCAUUUUCCCCCAUCCGAGCUCCACCCAUGGCGAGAGGCCAAUGCCGCCCAGCUCACUGUCCAAGGCGCCCAUAAAAUUCCAGCAGCGAGCUCCACCGUCGAUCUACGCAGCCCCAACUUCGCGCGCUGCCGGCUCGCUGUUUUGUGGAGCCCCAUGGACAGCGCGCCAUCGACGCCCGCCGUGUGCUCGCUGUUUUGCGCAGCCCAUCCGCGACGCCGUCGAAAACCGUGCUAAUGGUCGACGUCGUGCCUUGCCCGUUCGACGAAAUACCGAGCCAUGUGGACGGCCAUGCGUCUAGUCACGACCCGUUCAGGUUGAUUGAAUUAUAGUUUAUAAUACAUACGCUUUGGUUGAUGUCGGAUAAUGCAUGUAUAUAUGUGGAUGUGUGUAAUAUGUUUCGGCAAUACACGUUAGUAGGAUCGCAUUUGCGGUUAAAGAACAAGUUGUUGUUCAUAUGUGCGAUUCGUAGUUGUAUAAUUAUAUUUUGGUCGAUGUGGUGUACAUUGGUGUUGGAAUGUGUGUGGGUAUAAAAAUGUUUUGGUUAUAUGCCGAAGCAAGGUUGCCUUAACGUUUAGGUAAGCAAACGUGUUGUGUUGUUUUAUGUGAUGAGUAAGUUUGGAAAUAUAUGUGAUGUGAGGAUUGAAUUAGU